GGAGCUCGGCGAGGGGCGAGGCCGUGCUGCGGCCCGCAUGGAGCCGCCGGGGGAGGGCGGCAGCGAAAUGGCGGCGGCGCUGGGGGCCGCCAAGCGGGCGCUGCGAACGGAGCUGCGGCAAAAGCUGCGGGCCCUGGGCGCGGCGGAGAAGCAGCGGCAGUCCCGCCUGCUGAGUCGCAAGGUGAUUGGGCAUUCCAAGUACCAAGAAUCCAAAAGAAUUGCGAUCUUUCUGAGCAUGCCAGAUGAAAUCCAGACAGAAGAAAUCAUUAAGGACAUUUUUAAGCAAGGCAAGGAGUGUUUCAUCCCACGUUACAAACCUCACAGCAAUCACAUGGACAUGCUAAAGCUGUCAUCAGCUGAAGACAUUUCUUCACUCACUUUGACAUCCUGGAAUAUUCUCCAGCCUAGCGAUGACGACAGCGCAAGAGAGGAAGCUCUUGCUGGCGAAUACUUCGAGCAUUGCUGCAACAUAAAUGCCACCAGCAUGCUGGUAGCAGGGAUGGCUUACCUGCAUGGACUGUGUGUGGUGUACAAGAGCUAUUUACUCCCACAAGGAAACGCUGGCUUCCUCUAGACUGCCAUUCCAAGCAAGCCCAUGUGGCUCGAAACGAUCCCAGGAUGCUGAUUAACUCUGUUUUAAACUUUUCCAUUGGCAUCUGCCCUGCAGAAAUGUGUUAGCCCUCAAAAGCUCGGUUUCACUUGUCACUAAAUGCCACUAUUGAGUCAUACAUUCAAAGAGCUGCACGUCUUGCCAGGACUGAUAGUCUGCCUUGUGAUGCUGUCGAUAUUCUCAAUCAUUCCAAAUUUUAGCACAGCUCUUUAGAAGUGUAUCUGAAGCAGUGACAAUAUAGUCUUAAGAGGUAGCGGUUUAACAUACAGCUGCAAAGUAAAAUGGGAUGUUAAAAAAUAGAUGAUGGGCUACGAGCCCUCUCCUGCCCAAAACAGAAAGCACCAGAAGCGAGAGGAUUUGGAAAGAUGAGGCUUAUGGGAGUUGAUAAUCAAAAGGCAGUAGGAAGAGAAAAUGUCUUGCCUUGAAGCACAGAGGUCUAAUAAGCUGCUUCAGGUACAUUAGAGGUAGUGGUGUUGUACAUGGAGGUGUAAUGAGAGUAUGCAGAAUGCUGUUAAUCAUUCUGAAAACAGGCACGUACUAAAUAAUACUCGGGGGUAACUGUGACAUACUUAAGUGAUAUAUGCAGAUUGAAACGUAUCUGGAAUAAAUGAAAUAUGGGUUUGUGGAAAGCAGACGUGAUAAAUAUUGCUGUUUAGUAAGAAAAAAUAAAAACAACCCCAAACAAAAUUGUAAAGUGAUUGAGGACAGUGUUAGAUGUUCUUUUCCUGUGGGAGACUUGAUUAAAACUUACACUACAAUAUAUGUCAAGAGGUGGUUUAUAAUUUAAAGUCUCUUUGCACCGGUCAUAAAAAAGAAAACCUGAAACCAUAGGACGAAACAAAAUUGCAAAUCAAGGCAUAGUUCUCAACGUCAUCUAUUUUUUAAUGAAAUGAUCAGAAGUUUGGAUGAACUUCUGCAUGGAGACAGUGAGCCAUCGCAUUUUGAUACGCAUAAGGAGAACAAAUUCACUGCAAGUGAGGCAUUAACAUUCCGGUGAUGAGUCUGCUUGUAGAGAGAGAACGCUCCCCACACACAGUGCUGGGUCACAGCUCUGGGCAUUCAAUCCAGCAUCAGGAGUUCCACAAGGUACAUGAAAUCUCACAGCUCGUACCUCUGCAGCAAUAACUGAGGUUUCUUCCUACCUCUGCACAUGCAGGUCCUGGCUUAUUCCCUUACAAACAAGUUCUCUUUUUUGCUUUACCUGUAUGCACUCUGGUCAUGCCUACGAGCAUCUAAUGUUAUUUGUAUUAAGCCCUUGGCUCUGCGGCUGUCUGACAGCAGCGGGUUGUACUCAGUCAUAAUAUGAAACGUUAUGUUCCCUGUUACAUUAAUAUUAUAUUAUGUUCCCAUGUUAUGUGAAAUACUACGUUCCUUGUAUUCAGUUUAAAUUUGCUGCUUUCAGUUCAAGUGAUACCUCAUCUGUGAUGAGAAGUAAAUAAGGAUGUUUGAUUUACUUUCUUUUUAUUAUUCAUUGCUUAGUUAAGCCUGAAUUAUAGCAAUAGCAUUUUUUUUUUUUUAGUUGCCAAAUAUUUUCUAUUUUCUUAUUCUCAUAUGAAAGCUUUCCUACAUCUGUAGUAGUUCCACCCACUGGUCUGUCAGCCUUUACAAUUUCUCUAUGUUAUUUUGGAGAUGCCCGAGAUACCAUUUUAUGCCCAGCUGAAUAAAUAUUGUGAAAUAUGUGUAAUAUAAGUGAAUUCUUUCUGUACAUUCCAUAUCAGUGCUUUCAAAUCAGCUCGCUGGGUAGGUCUCUUCUGGUUGUUUCCACACAGGUAACCCACAGCUACAAGUUGCUACACAAAAGCCUGUUAUGUUAUUCCAGGUUUGUAAAAUAGACCAGAGAUAAUUUUUCUGCAUAGUGUGUUCCCUAAGGAGAAGUGCUUGGAAAAGCCUUGCUUGGAAAAAUACAUCUGCGUUUGGACCCAGCUGUGGCAUCAGCUGCUCCCCCCAAGGUUUCUCUGCAUUUCAGCCUUCAGUUCAAGAUGUGCGAUGCCAUCUCCUGCACUGGACUGCUGUCCCCUGCGGUGCUGCCUGCCCUUCCUGUGGUGCUGCACAGCUGCCACAGCUCUCUUGAGACAGCCCUGUAACACUCCACACCCAGUUUGCUACUCGAAUACCCAUGCUUUCAGCUGAACUUCUCCCAUUACUUCUGUUUGAAAUGUGUCUCCCGCAGAAUUCUCUUGCAGAAGCUGGCAGCUCAUGGCUUAGGCAGGUGUACUCUUCAUACACUCACUCUUCUACUCACUUGGGUAAGGAACUGGCUGGAGGGCUGGGCCCAGAGAGGUGGUGAAUGGAGUUAAAUCCAGCUGGUAACCGGUCACCAGUGGUGUUCUCCAAGGGUUCAGUAUUGGGACCGGCCCUGUUUAAUACCCUUAUUGGUUAUCUGGACAAAGGGAUUGAGUGGAACCUCAGUAAGCUUGCAGGUGACACCAAACUGGGAGGAAGUGUUGAUGUGCCCAAGGGCAGGAAGGCUCUACAGAAGGAUCUGGGCAGGCUGGAUUGAUGGGAUGAGGCCAACUGUAUGAGGUUCAGCAAGACCAAGUGCCCAGAUCCUGCACUUUGGUCACAGCAACCCUGUGCAGUGCUAGAGGCUUGGGGCAGCAGCUGGAAAGCUGCACAGAGGAAAAGAAUCUGGGAGGGGUGGUUGACAGCAGGCUGAGCAUGAGCCAGCAGUGUGCCUGGGUGGCCAAAGAGACCAACAGCAUCCUGGAUCAUAUCAGAAAUAGCUCAGCCAGCAGGACUAGGGAAGUAACUGUCUCUCUAUACUUAGCACUGAUGAGGCCUCAGAUUGCACAAGGGUGGGGUUCAGGUUGGAUAUUAGGAAGAACUUCUCGGAAGGAGCAGUGAUGCAGUGGCACAGACUGCCCAGGGAAGUGGUGGGGUCACCUUCCCUGCAGGUGUUGAAGAAGUGUAGGGAUGUUGCACUGAGGGACAUGUGGGCAUGGUGGGGGCGGGUUGGGAUUGGACUAAAGGAUCUCAGCCAUGCCGUCUUUUCCAACUUUACUGAUUCUAUGAUUCUCCAUAUGGUAUGAUUACAAAGAGUCUCUUUCUUUCAGUUUUUGGAAAAAAAAAAAACCCUCCGAAAUGGGAAAGUUAAUGUGUCUCUGUGUCAUCACUUUGUAAUGCCCUUUGGUAUCCUUUCAUCCUGAAUUUCCCUGGUGUAAACUAAACCACAAACACUGUGACUUAAUUUUAACACUUUGUCUGUGCAGGGUGUCCUGCAUUGAACCUGGAGGUCUGAGAGUUCUGUAAUGCUAUGGCUUUUUGCUUACAUUAAGUUCAUUAAGGCUUUAAAAGUGCUUUUCUUUGUAAUUUUCAUUGUCACAUCCACAUUUGCCUUCUUGCAGAAAACAUUCUCCUUGCACUCAGGAAAACAACUAAAAAGAUUACUCCUGUAAUCAAUUAAAGUUGAAACAGAACUAAAGUCAACACAGGCACAGGCUUUAAAUUCACCGCAAGUGACUCUAAAGUGUUUUGUUUCAGAGUGCUAAUUUUGCUUCAGAGUGAAUAGUAGCAUUGUCAUUUUCUCUAUCCUGUCUCCUAGAUACGGGAGUCUUUCAAAAGCAAAUAAGAGGUUGGGUUGUUUUGUGGAGUGUGGCAUGAGUCUGCCUAACAGAUUAGUGCAGGGGAAAUGCAAACAUGCAGGUAUCUUUAGCUGCGUGAACUAACCCAGACAGAUUUUUUGUCUCCCUUUAUUUUCCUUUUCGGAAAGGAGGAGGGGGCACCAAACUUAGCUCUGUGCCUUGGUGCACAUCAUCUGAAUAAUCUGGAGGCUGACGGACACCUUUUCCUGCUGGUCACCUGUGUGUUUGGCCACGGGGAUUGUAGAUGCAGUUUGGUGAGAGAGCUGAGCCUGCUGGCUGGUGCCAGGAGGGCAGUCCUGCUGCCUUGGUCUUGCUUCCAGCUCUGUUCUCCCCUCGUCCUCCCUGCUCUGGUCUCAUUUCUGGUACUCACUGCUGAGCAUUCAGCUCAUGAAUGUGGCACAAGAUUACUCUUUCUUCUUUUUUCUGCCAGCUCGGUGGGCUCUGAAGCCAGGUCAGCACUUGUUCAGUUACAAAAAAAUAUGUCUUCUUGGCACAGGUAAUUCCUGCUCUCCUUGCUGAGAUUCAAAAUACACUGUCAAUUCCCAGGGCAGUGGGAAAUCCCUCAGACUUGGCAGGGAGCUGCUGGCUUCCAGGGGGCAGGAGCUCCUUGAUGCAGUUUCACAGUAUAACUCUUGGUCUUCAUUUUGGCAUCCUAAGUGUGCUUACUUCCUGCUUGUGAUGGCUUUUGUGCUUAUGGGAUGGGAAUCAGCUUUUGGGUGUAGAUGGAGGGCAAAUUGCUGUCCAGGAGUGAUGUGAAGCUGAAGCCUUUUGCCGGCAGGUGUCAGUAUUCCAUAGAUUUACUGUGGAGCACUGAUGGCGUUUAGGCUGUUUUCCUAUAAUUGAAGUCUCAUCCCCGCAUUGUCACACACAUAGGAGAGAGCAAGUGGUCCAAACCAACAUGUCUACAUAAUCAGGGCAACCGGAGUGAGGGAGGUGGGGAAUUCCAGGGAUGUGUGUGGUAUCUCUUAAGCUGUGCAAGCCUAAAAAACCCAAAAUCUUGUGAUGGAAGAAGCCGGAUUUCUCAGCUGCUGUGAUGUUAACAUGUUUGACACUUAACAGUGAAGGUGCCAUUACGUAGAAACCAGCUGACUCUACAUGUUCAGCAAACCCUGCCAGUAAGCAUGCCUACUGCUUCUGUCAAGUGGUGUAGCUCCUUGCAGGUGUCUACGCAGCUGAUGUCUUAACUGUUCGCAUUUAACAAGCAAUUUGGAGUAUGUUUUGAUAGACUAUCUGCUGACUGAGUCAAAGAGGUUGGAAAUAUUGAUAGUGAUACGUUAUGUGUUGAAAAAAAUCCCCAAAUGAUUCACUUGUGACAUAUUUUGCUUUAAAAAUAGCCAGACAGCAGAAAGCAAAAGAAGAAGAGUGAAGAAAUGAAGUUCACAUGUACAUGUAUCAAGUGGAAGUGUUUAAAAUAUUUAAAUAGGUCCUUAGGUAAACAUUAUGUUAAAAGCAGCUGAUAAAAUCUUGAAGCAUCUCACGUAAGUACACAUUGAGAUACACAAAGAUUCUCAUGUUCUAGCAGAGUUCCAGCAAUCCCAGCAUAAGCAGUUCAUGCACCAAUGCCUUGCAAGUUUCUCUGAAGGAGUAGCGCUGCAGCUGGCAUUACUGAUUUAACAAGAUGUGUUGAUGUGCUCUAAAGAAGCUGUAAGGCAGUUUGUCUUCUCUUUGGAGUUGUUCCUUCGUACAAUGCUUCAGAGCAUUGUGGUGGUUUACAAACAAAGGAGAACCCAGGUGCAACCAACCCUUAGGACCAAAAAUCUUUUGUUUCCCAUGCUUUCCCAAUCAAAUCAUUCUAACUGUGCUCAAGUAUCUGAAUGUUGGGAAUAGGUAAGUAAUUUUUCCCAGGCUGGUCACUCAAACAUUUCUAGGCAAUGAUUUCCUUUACUGUGAAUUGGCAAAAACCAGGCAUUUUUGUAGGAGGCAUUGGGUGAUUAUGGUUAAUUUACUGUGCUUACGCCAGCUUGAUGAAUAAUAGUGAAAUAGAAAAGUACUUGUUCGGAUUUUCUUUUGGGUAGAUGUUUUGCAAAUGUUGAAAAUGAGACAUAGACCUCAGCUGACUGCAACUUAAACCUCAGGGGAAAUGAGUAUGAUGGUUAUAGCCUCUCAUAGCUUUCCCACAUUGGAAGCACAGUUAGAAUUUGCAAGUCUUAGCCUUAUACAGUAGCCUCACUGAUGGCAGAUGAAGAGAUACUUGGGAGCAGAGCAGGUUUGUUUGUGCAGUGCUGGCAUACCACAGCUGAUGCUGUGCAGUGCCCUUAACCUCUCAAAUGCACUGGCACUAAAUUUUGUUUUAAAUGAGUUCAGAAUAGGAGGAGGAUGUUUACUUUACUGCAGCUUCAUAGCACAGAAGCUGAUCAAGAGGAAUUAUUAGUGUGUUUUGCAGGUUUAAUAACAAGAGAGUAACUGCCGCUCCAUUGUUUUAAACCUAUAUGAGUGAUGGCUAGCAUGUAGCUUCUCAGGGAGAAGUAUAAAUAUUUUACCACACUGUAGUUUGGGAGGGCAAGUGUGAACUGUGAGACCAGUGUUUCAUGCUGACACAAAACGCAGACAUGGAUGAGUAGACAAAUAAGUGCUGAGUUGCUCAGUGCUUGCUUGUAGAUUCUGAUGAUGGCUCUGUCAGAGGAGAUAGGGUGUAUGUAUGUGUGCAAAAGAUAUUGGUGGGUGCAUCAUGGUUGUGCACGGAUUUAGAUAUAACACUGAGUAAGGCAGGUGUGUAGCAGAGAGAUGAUGUGUUUAAAAUGAAAGGCAGUAUUUUUCCAAAGGACAGGACACUUUCAUCUGGAAGGAAGGACUGGGAGGUUAGCAGUCUCAGCAGUGGUGCAAGGGGCACUCCAGGCAUUCUAGGAGGAAGGCUUAGUGCUAGUCAUAAAGGGAAAGGAAUUUGUUUUUCUGUAGCAUAAUAGAAAUAUUUACUUCUAUGAAGUUGUUUCCCAUGAGGUCUAGUGAUUAACCUAGACCACAGUAUGUUAGGUGCUCUCCAAAUACAGAGCAAGACGAUGAUCUGUGCCCUGUAGAGUGUACGUUGAGAAGCUAGCACCUACCCAAGAGGCCUAGCUGUGCUGAUGGUGAUUAAAGUUACAGUAAUGAUUCUGCCAUUAAUUAGAACUUUCUCAGUCAUUACAACUCAUUGGCCCAUACACUGCAUGUCACCAAGACUGAUACUUUCAAUAUUAGGAUACAGUGCUCAAGUUAAUGUUUUCUUCACAGAGGCAGCCGGUGGUUACCCUGUCCCUGGGAUGGCAGUACUGCUGUUCCACCUCCGUUAGGACUGCCUGGCUGUGCAGGGGGAUAUGCAUGACCCACACCGUGGGGUGGCAGCGGGCAGGUGAGGCCUACUCAGAUCCAGGAGGCCAUCCUGGCUGCCCUGCCUGGGACAAGGCCUCAGCAGCCCUUCCAUGACCCAUACCUGUGCACUCUGACAGACCCUUCUGUAAUUAACCACUGUCAAGAACGCUUCAGAAAAUGCCUCUUGGCAUUUCAAAUAGGAACAUCAGAGUAAGGAGAAGAGAAGUAAUGAGGUGCAGGGAGAAAAUCUUUCCCUGGGGAACAAAUCAAACCUGAUAUCAUCAUAAAGGGUAAUGAGAAAUGCACUGCUGAAGGGAGGAAAUUCACCAGCUGCCUAGAGGAAGCGAAACUUUGUAUUCCUAUUUAAAACAGCAGAGAGAGGAUACUAAGGUUCUGGUCUGCUGGUUAAGUGGGGGACAUGCAGCAUGCACACCUGCUUUUUGCAUGUAGUUUUGCCAGACAUUUCCUGAGCCCUUGGGCCAGUCAUUUCACUUCUCUGUGACAUAAGGUUUGUCUACAUAGAUGUGUGCACAGUGUGUGCCUGUACACCCACAUGGCUGGUUCUGAAGCUGUGACUGCAUACAGCUAAAUAAAGCAGGACCAAGUGGGACAGAGCAGCCCUGUCCCCACUACAGAGAACUUGGCCUGUCUUAUCUUUUUUGGUCUCUCGUAGUGCCAGGCAGUGUGCUGGUACUUGAACAGUAUGGACGAGCUGCAAUCCUGUAAAUGAAUUUGCUUUCUGGCCCUGCUUUAUUUAGCUGUAUAAAUGAAAGCUGUGUGGCCAUGUCAGCAUGGCUGCAUGCCCACAUUGAUAAGUCCGUGUAUAUUAUUUCACACACAGUGCUAUACAGUAGAAGGAGCUGUGCCCACAACAGCUCAUGCCACAGAUACAGCGAGUAUUAGGUGAUAGUCAUUGUAAUUGCCAACCUUACUUGAUACCCCGUAGCUUAAUUAAAGUUUAUAAGAAGCAUUAGUAUUCUCUUCAUAGGACACCUGGGCUAGUGCAGUGUAUUGCUGCCUGAGACUGUUUGCAGCCCUUAGCAUUCUGCAGACAUUCUGUAAGUAUUGCAGGAGGAGUGCAGAUUACCUGCAGCAAAAGACCUCUCGACAGUGAGCAUACUGUGAGUGUUGGUUUUCUCUCCCGGGCUCCUGGUGUAUUGUCACAGGGAUCCACAAGCCUUUAGUUAAGGACUGAAGGCACGUGGGGGAGAGAAACAUUACAAGGAGAGGGGCAGAAGUAGGUGAAGAUCACAAGGCCUCAUUUACAGUGGCUAUAAAAACUGAUGGGGUGUCAGGGACAGCGAUGCCAUUCCACAGAGUGAAAUUGAGAGAAGUAGGAUGUGGGGAAGGAACAAGCCCGCAGGGUAUCCUGAGUGGCAACUUGUGAUCCUGCAGGGCUGGAACGGCUGGUCAGCGUGAGGAGGACACAUGCCUUUAGGAGUAAGAUGUCCUUACCCUCCCUUGCCAUCCUGUUGAUGUCUGCUUGCCACUGAUAGUAAUCUUACACGUCUGCAAUCUUGGUCUCAUCUGUGUGUCACCUCUCAUCCUGUGACGGCUCUUCCCCCGUGCCGCCGCAGGCACCACAAGAGGUUUUGUUGCUCCCCAGGUUGUGCGGCGUGGAAGUGUUUUCUCCAUGCAGCUUUCUGCCAUUCAGUCUAGCUCCCAGAUUUGGAUUUUGGGGCAAAUUCUUCUUGAAGUGCCUUCAGGCUCCGUGCAGGGUAGCUGUGUCAUUUUUCUACUGAAACUCUUGCUUGGUAUUUUACUUAAAUCUUGUGCAGUGUGAGUUGCAUGUGUAUCAGUCAGUGUGUUGUGAGUCAGAGUAAAGGCAUUCAGUAUCACAGUGCUCCAAUGGAAAAAAAAAAAUACGAGGGUAACUGUUACAGUAUUUACAGCAUUGUUUUUCAUACUGAGAUUUGCACAAGCUCGUUUGAGUUAUUUGGCAUAAAAAUUCCAUGAUCUUAGAGGAAGCUGACUCAUUAAAACAGACUCCAUUUCUCCAGAGAACCCAGAAGAAAACAGUGCUUUAAUGCAUCUGCAUUCACUCAAGUGUGCCCUGUGCUAUCAGUUAAACGACACAGAAAAUAUAUUUCUUCCCAGCUCUGUUCCUGCCAAUUCCUCCUUCCCUUAGUGCCUCCCUUGGCUUGCUUUUCUUCGUCUGUAAUAUAGAUGUAAAGAGAUAUUGCACCUUUUUGCCUAGCAAAUUUGCCCCUUGUGUACAGUCCUACCUACUAGCAGUAGCAACUGCAAAUGUUUUCUUCUUUUUGCCAUGAGAGUCACACAGAGUGAAAAAAGCUCGAAACAGUUGUAUGCCAGAAUGUGUUUCUUUGUCAGUAUGGUUGAUGCUUGGUACAUACUGGCUCCUGGGCCACCUGAAUGCCUCUGGAUUGCCAGCGUGAGGCAAGUCGUGGAUAGAACAAGGAAUAAGCAUAGUAUUAAUUGCAGGAGGGCUUGACAUACAUAAUCUCCAUUACUGAUCAUGCUAAUCAGGAAAGACCAGUUAGUUCCUAAAUUUUAGUCCAUAGACCUGACAAUUGGCAAACGUCGGUUUUUACUUACAGACUGAGGUUUGACGUGGUACAUCGUGGUCUAUGUGAUAGUACCAUAAAAAUGGCAUCCGUCUUCAGAGGAGACUGUGAUUCCUCUCAGUUGCCUCUUUUCUUCCUUGUUUGCUAUUCACCAUUUGUCUUUCUUAUGAAACAAAAGUUGACUGCAGUGUGGUGAAUCACUCGGGCUCCCUUUCACAUCAACCAGUAUUAUUAUGUAGUCUCUCCUUUGGUUAAUUCCCUCUUUGUAUUUCCUUGACCUUUUUUAAAAAAAAAAAAAAAAACAACCCACAUUCUUGCUAACUGUAUCAUGCCAGCUUUACAAGAUUAAUCUUCUCUAACUGCAUUGCCUUGCAUAUUCCACAUCCGUGUUCUGAUUUGGUCAGAUCAUGAUGGAUAGGUGUUCGCAUCAGUGACUCCUCUCUGAAGGAUGAGCAGUGGAAGACAACCUCCAGCAGACUGAGAAGCGUGUGCAAAUGAGUUGGUCUUCUGUGCACUUCUGUCUGCUCUUCCAAGUUGAGUUCAGAGUUGAUACUUGGUCUCACUUGGGGUUCCCUGGAAACUAAAAAGCUCUGCUUAGCUCCGGUUCUUUCAGUGCGUGCUCCCAUGUAUCUCCUUAAACGCUGAGUUGUGUUCCUCAGCUAAACAUGGUGAGAGCUGUGCAGUCCAAAAUGGUGGUAGAAACUUGGUUUGGACGUAGGAAAAGCAGAAAAAUACCUAAUGCACCCUAGCUCUGGUAACGAAGCAGAAGGGAGUUAAGAACAUGCUUCUUAAGGUAUUAAUAUUCCUGUAAGGAAGAAGCAGAGGAUGGAAAUGCAGCAUUUGCUUUCUUUCCAGGCUCAUAUUAGCUGUGUUUUCGUCCAUGCUAGCUUUCCCCUUCCAUUCCUGACUUUCUUUCCUUAAGUGUCCAUCUGCUACAGCAGCAAGGAAUGCAAGACUUUAUUUGCACUGUGAAACCAGUAAGUGAUGUGUUCUGGGUUCAGCAGUCAGUACCAAGCCAGCCAAACUCAUUUGUUCAGUGAAUGUCCUUGCAAGACUUCUAACACCAAAAAAACAAGCUUUGUGUAAGGGAUGAGAAGCCUCAGAGUGGCUGCCCCUGUGCCUGGUGGAUGCUCAGCGUGUCGACCCAUUCCCUUUACCUACCUGGCAAAGCAGAACUUUCAGAAUAUAUUGUCUUCAAGCCCCUCUGGUUUGGGGAAGUUGAGUGUUCAAAGGUUCGUGACAUCUUAACAGCUGUGUCCAGAAGGUGCUCUCUCUCACUUAUGUGUCUUUCUUCUCUCCUUCUUUAUUCUUUUUCUUUGUUUGUGGCAAAUGUUGAAGUUCAUUUGAUUUUCUGAUUCUUCCUGAAUUUAAUUUCUCUGAGUUCUAUCUCUGUCUAGAUUUAUAGUCAUAAUCGUUUGCAUUUGCAAGUGUGAGGUUAAAGUGAUAAAAUAAAUUUGUUAUAAGGUAGAUUUUUUUUUCUUUCUAGCUUUUCAAGGUCUGAUUAUUUUACAGCUGAGCUAGUAUCCAAUUGGUAAGAUGAAAAUGUAAAUUCACAGGCUUAGCAUUCAAGGUAUUUUUCAUCUGAUCAAAGAAAGGGAAGCAUUCUGCAAAACACAAAGCUAGCAUUUUUGCUAUGCAUGAAGUUACCUGGAUGUAGUCCAGCCGUCAGGAAAUCCACAUUGCAUCCAUUAAUGUGUAUUUUAUUUUUCUACAGGGGGUCUUGACCUUAUCUUCAUGCCAGGCCUCGGGUUUGA